GAGAAAUUGCUUAACACACGGCACACAAACUAGAGAUAAGGAGAAAUAACCCCUCCCUCCCAGAGUCCCACAUUCUUGACACGGACAGUAUCCGUACUCUGCAUCAGUGCAUCUCCCACCCUUCUCCACUACGAUCAUGGACCCAUAUGUAGCAGACCCAGAAAAAAUCCCUACAACUGACCUGUACGCGGAUUUGCCGUCCUUUGGUCGAUACUACCCCAAACCUGAUGACUUUCGCAUUGAAAUUCAGCAUGUCAACUCCCGGACCCCAGAGUCACUGAGAUACUGGGCCUCAGUUGUUGGACUCUGUACUGAAGAGAACCAAAUCUGUCCUAGUGUCGAUGGCACCCGCGCAGUAUUUGUUCUAGGUAGCGUGAUCGUGAAGUCAAACCAUCUCCACGCACGGGACGAGGCUCAAUGGACGGAAAUCGACCGUUCAUACGGCGAUUCCAAUGAGGUUCAGGCAAUCGCCCUGGCAAAGACCGUUUUGAAAGAUAUCAAAGUCCCAGAAAUCUACUUUGCAGGGGAGAUCAAUGGUUUGCCAGUGAUCAUCCAAGAAAGGCUCCCAGGUGUCGUAUUGGGUGUUGCAUGGCCUUAUCUCUCAAUAAAACAGAAGAACUUCCACAAGGAAGAAGCCAGAAAGAUUAUCCGUCAACUUUACACUAUCAAGCCCCCAGAGAAUCUUCGCGGUCGCUCUUACGUGGUGCCGGACCCCAACAUACUUACUAACGGUCGACUUGAUCCGCGAGAACCGGAAAUCCUCUUUUCGAGCUCUGAUCAGGAUCCAGAUAUGAACUUCAUGCAUAACGAUUUUAAUGUAUCUAACUGCAUAGUGGACAAAGGCAAAAUUGUGGGGCUGUUUGAUUGGGAGAUGGCUGGUUUUUUUGGCUGGAAGACCGCAGGAGAAGUCCACCAUCGGAUCAGAUCCUUCCACCGAGAGGACUUCGUGGAAGCCAAUCUUAGUGAGGAAAAGCUUCAGGAUCUGGUGUUCUGGAAUGAUCUAUAUGAUACGGAGCAUUAAACCAGAUGGGUUCCCAGAUUUCAUUCACCUCCACCACCAAGCAAACGCUUAGCGACAUGUGUACUAAAUUGAAUUCAAAUUCUUUUUACUGUUUAUCAUUACAUAUUUUACCAAGAACCCUCAGACUCUGCCAAGAGCUACAACUAACUAACUAACUAAUUGUUUCCGCAAGUGCACGUAGAGUUUGGUUCACUAGCAUAUCCGAUGACUGCCGCAGCAUCGCCUCAAUCAAACUGUUGCAAGAUCCAAUUGCGCAAUUCAACAGCAACUAGAGCGUCCAAGCCCAGAACCAGUAUUCCAACCAGUACGUUCUAGCUUUUUUUUUUUUUUUUUGGAACUACACGGCAGGUCCUGGGGACCAGUUCGGUCUGUUUUGUCCUCGGGCGUGGGUGCUGUGCUCGCUU